GCGUACCUACUCGCCGCCGUGCUGUCGCUGUCGCGCCGUCGCCACCACAUAUCGCCGCCGCUGAUGCUCCGGCGUGUGUGCCGCUCGCGCCAAAACUGUGUCACUCGGUGGGCAGAGGUACAUCGCCGUAAUAUAGCUAUAUCGGCGUGCGUCGGCCGGCUCGCGGGAUCAGUGGGUCGUUCGCGGUGGUCCGGAGAACAGGCGCUCUUGCAGCACAGCACUAUAUAACACUGUAACGUCACGACAAUAAUAAUAAUAAUACAUAUAGUUGUUUUAUCGUAGCGUUUUGCGAUUUUGUCGGCCGUUCAAAUACUAUUUCACGUUUAUUAUUAUUGUCGCCGCGUCGUCGUCCGCCGGGUCGCGAGCGCGUGCCGUCUCCGCCGUCCGCCGUGCACGGCUGCAGCACCCGCACAACGCCGGCCGGGCCGAGCGCUCGAACAUCAUGUUCAAGAAGGAAAAACCCAUGAUGUCUGUGUCGGCCAUCAUACAGAGCAGGGCCGCGCACCACUGGGGCAGAGGUUUAAGAUUGGACAAUAAUCUGUCACUGAGUUCGAUGGGACCUCAGUCGCCUUUGGACCUCAAACCCGAUACGGCCACGCUGAUGGUUAAUUUCAGUAGCCCCCCUGGAGAUCCUCUAAGCCCUGCAGGAUUAUACAGCGUCGAUCGGAGCAGUAUGAUGAAUAAUUCUUGCAAUGUACAAGACUCUCCGAAUUACCCACCCAACCAUCCACUUAGUGGUUCAAAACAUCUAUGCUCCAUAUGUGGAGAUCGCGCUAGUGGAAAACAUUACGGAGUCUACAGUUGCGAGGGCUGCAAAGGGUUCUUCAAACGCACUGUGAGGAAAAAUUUGUCUUAUGCGUGUCGUGAAGAAAACAAAUGCAUCAUCGACAAGCGCCAAAGAAAUCGGUGCCAAUACUGCAGGUAUCAAAAGUGUUUGACCAUGGGCAUGAAAAGAGAAGCCGUCCAGGAAGAAAGGCAACGUACAAAAGAUCGAGAUCAUAAUAAUAUUGAAGUUGAACCCACAAGUAGUUCUAAUACUGACAUGCCAGUGGAACUCAUUUUAAGGGCUGAAAAUAAAGCCGAUGCUAUAAAGACUGAACAGCAGUACAUAGAGCAACAACAUCCUCAACAUACUGUUGGUGCAAUUUGUCAAGCAACUGACAAACAAUUAAUACAACUCGUUGAGUGGGCCAAACAUAUACCGCAUUUUAAAAAUUUACCUCUUGGCGAUCAAGUUUUAUUAUUGAGAGCUGGUUGGAAUGAGUUGAUGAUUGCAGCAUUUUCCCAUAGAUCGAUCAGUGUAAAAGAUGGUAUAGUCUUAGCUACUGGACUUACUGUCGAUAGAGAUUCUGCUCAUCAAGCGGGAGUUGAAGCUAUAUUUGAUCGUGUACUUACUGAACUCGUUGCUAAAAUGAGAGAUAUGGGUAUGGACAGGACAGAACUUGGCUGUUUGCGUACUAUUAUUCUUUUUAAUCCAGGUUCAAAAGGUUUACAGUCUGUUAAUGAAGUAGAAGUACUACGUGAUAAGGUUUAUGUUGCCUUAGAAGAAUAUUGUCGUACAACACAUCCAGAAGAACCUGGACGAUUUGCUAAACUACUUCUUCGGCUUCCUUCGUUACGUUCAAUUGGUUUAAAAUGUCUGGAACAUUUAUUCUUCUAUAAACUUAUUGGGGAUUCCCCAAUUGAUACAUUUUUAAUGGAAGUUCUUGAAUCAUCAUCACACGAUGUUCAAGUAGCUACAUGAUUUCUAACAAUUUUGCUAGAUAAUAAUACCAUUACUUAUAUUUUAUAUAGUUAUAUCUAAUGGUUAUACUUUUAAUUAUUAUUAAUUAGAUUAAAAAAUGUAUACAGAAUUGUUUGUAGAGAUUUUUUCAUAUUUAUGAAUUAUUAUUUUUCAUGGCAUUUUUUUUAGAUUGAUCACUUGACCAUUUUAGAAAUGUAUAUGAAUUAAUGAUUAAGAGCGUGUUUGGAAAAUAUUAAUUUAAAAUAAAAUAACAAUUAUUUUAUUCUUAUCUUAAAAUACUGUCAUUUCUUAACCAAUUUUAAAUAGCUUAAUGAUUAAGAUUUGUUUUUCUAUAGAUUAAUAUUCUUCUAAUGGUUUAAAAUUA